AUGGCUGUUUGGCAGUGUCGGACAGACGAUAAUCCUUGGGAUUUAGAUGCACAGCAUCAAGAAUGGACCUCAUACUCUUCGGAAGAGAAUGUUUCGAUAGAACAAGCCUAUAUGUCCCGUACAGCACAGAAAAUUUUUAUUCGGAACGGACAUUACUGUAUUGACAUUGCGAAAUGUAUUCAGUAUGUGGAACAGUAUCCUGAUGUACAACGUCCAAUUCGUCGUUUAUACGGUGAACACAUUUCAAUGCAAAUUCAUCAACGUCGUCUUUUUGAUAAUAACGAUACAUAUUUUCACCCGUUUGCGACAAACAGAAACAGUGAUCAUCUUAUGAUAGAAGAGUGGAAGAAGCACUUCGCUGAAAAACGACCGAAUUAUACAAAAGGAGACGUUGUUGACGCAGCUAUUGCUGGUAUUCGCUUGGAAGGAUAUCGGUUAAAUAAAUCGACAGAAGCCUCAACGAUAUGCCAAGCAUUCCAAGCGUGUCGAAAUAGCUCAAAGCCACAUGAAAUCGAAAAGUGUGCAGUUCACUGCUAUACAAGAACGGAGUUUCUAUUCAAACUGGUGAAUGAAGCAUUGCGAGAAUUCGAUCGACGGAAAUAUCGAGAUACACUGGGUCCGUACUGUUUUCUGCUCAGAAAAUACAUUUAUCUACGAGCACAUCAAGGACGUUCUUAUCGAGGUAUCCUUUAUCGAGGUGCUUGGCUACAUCCUCGUAUGAUUGGUCGCUACAGAAAAGAAAUGGAAAAAAAUCACAGAGAUGGAUUGUUAAUGUGGCUUGGUUUUACAUCAACAUCGAAAAAGCGUCAAGUAGCUGAUAUGUUUGAGGGUAACACAUUGUUUAUAAUCGAUAUGGGUCCAAAUCCUUAUUACACCAGUCAAGGGACCGAUAUCAGUGACAUCUCAAUGAUGCCACAUGAAAAAGAAGUACUUUUACCAUCGGGUUUUGAAUUCACAUGCACAAAUAUCGAAACAAUAGAAGGCACCGAUGAGCGUAAGGCUGGUGGAGAAAGAGUGGAUAAGCCUUAUCGACAUUUUAUCGUUCACCUCCUUGCGCGUCAAGUAGUCAGUUGUGGCAAUGACGAAGAAAGUGACGAUUGUGCUGCAUCUUCAAGCAUAGAACUCUCAUCUUGA